AGGGAGGUGAUGGGAGGAGAAGCAGCACCCUGCGGCGGUAAAGGUGUAGGAAGUGAAUAAUACAUACAUAUAUAUUUAAGUUAUGGUUGAUUUUCGAUGUUUACGAUAAGGACUUUGUUUUUGUUUUAAAAGGCAAAGAGAAAGUAACGGCUUUCUAACCGGCGCGUGAUGACGUCACGCGCGUCGCGUUUUUCUCCUCCCCUCUGGCCGCUUCGAGUUUCUCCGGCGUGUUUGGACGUCUGCUGGGCCUUUCGCGCGAAGGGGAUGAGAGGGGACGAGGAGAGAAGGAUAAUUCAAAUUAUGGAAGAAAACAAUAAUGUCACUCCCUUAGCUGAUGAACAAAGUACAACCCCGUUUGUGAAAACAGAAAACAUGACAGAGAAGGAAGCUAAGGAAGAUGCUGAAGAAAGUAACAAAAAGAAUACAUCAGAUACUUCCAGCAUGUACAGGUAUAUUAAAGAUGACCUGUUUACAUCAGAGAUUUAUAAAGUAGAAAUUCAGAAUCUUCCCAAAUACAUUGGUUUUAAUGAAGUGAAGAAAUUUCUUGCCAAGUAUGGCCUUAACCCUCACAAGAUAAAACUGUUGGGGAAACAGACUUUUGCUUUCGUCACCUUUAAGAGUGAAGAGGAAAGAGACAAAGCCAUGAAGGUCCUUCACGGAGUCCUGUGGAAGAACAGAAACUUGAGUGUCAGACUUGCAAAGCCAAAGGCUGAUCCCAUCAUGAAGAAAAGGAGAAGGGAGGAGGAAGAAGAAGGGGAGGAGGUAAAAGAGCAGACGGCUGCCAAGUGCCCCUCUUUGGCAAAAGAUGGCAGAGAGGAGCCUCUUGGUAAACAGAUAGCAGAUGUGGUGACUCCUUUGUGGAAUGUACCAUAUGAGGAACAGCUGGCAAGAAAGCAGCAAGAAUGUGAGCAAGUGCUGCUGAAAUUGAUGCGGGAAAUUGGAAACAACAACAGAGCUCUGCUGCCCUGGCUCUUCAUGCAGAAGGAGAAGUACAAUGGUCUGUGUUGUUGUCUGGAAGGAGUGAAAGCAUCACCAUCACAGACGGAAUAUCGGAAUAAGUGUGAAUUUUUGAUUGGCAUAGGCCCCAACCAGGAAGAUAAAAGCGUGGGCUUCCGCCUUGGCAAAUACAAAGGUGGGACAUGUGCGGUCGUAGAGCCUUUUGAAACUGUUCACAUUCCUGCAGUUGCCAAAAAGGUAGUGAAGGAUUUUCGGGAUUACAUAAGGUCUACACCUUACAGUGUCUACAGCCCAGAAACCUAUGAUGGACACUGGAAACAGCUAACAGUUCGCACCAGCCGGAAUGGUCACAUCAUGGCAAUCGCUUAUUUCAAUCCUCAGAAAUUAACUAAAGAAGAGCUGACUGAACUACAAAGCUCUUUGGCAAAAUACUUCACAGAAGGCACAGGAAAGGAUAGCGGAAUCACUUCUUUGUAUUUUGUGGAGGAAGGUCAGAGAAAAUCUCCUAAUCGUGAAGAUUUGCCCUUGGAGCACAUUGCUGGCAACAAGUACAUAUAUGAAGAUCUUCUCGGGCUAAAGUUCCGGAUUUCUCCUCAUGCCUUUUUCCAAGUAAAUACACAGGCUGCUGAGGUUCUCUACUCUACUAUUCAAGACUGGGCUCAGGUCAGCCAGGAUACUACAGUGCUCGACAUCUGCUGUGGAACAGGAUCGAUCGGCAUCUCCCUUGCCAAGAAAGUGAAGAAGGUGAUCGGGAUUGAGCUUUGUCAAGAAGCUGUGGAAGACGCUAGGGCGAAUGCUCAGCUUAAUGAUCUGAAUAACGUUGAAUUGCACAGUGGAAAGGCUGAAGAUCUUCUUCCUUACCUGGUCAACUCAUUAGCACUGCAAGACUCUAUUACAAUUGUGGAUCCUCCUCGAGCAGGGCUGCAUUCCAAAGUAAUUCUCGCAAUUCGAAAAGCAGAACACUUGAAGAGGCUUAUCUAUGUGUCUUGCAAUCCUCGAGCUGCCAUGAACAACUUUGUGGACCUUUGUCGAGCUCCCUCAAAUCGUGUCAAGGGAAGCCCUUUCCGUCCAAUCAAAGCAGUGGCCGUGGACCUUUUCCCUCAAACAAUGCACUGUGAACUGUUACUCUACUUUGAACGAAUAGAACAUUCUAGUGAGAAACCUUCUGAAGCAUCAGUAGACUCUGCUGAACUUCCAGCUAUGAAACCAGAAUCAGGAGUUUCCAUGGAAGAGGACAGUACUGACUUAACUGAAAAGAACACAGCAGAAGAAUCUUCCAGCUAAUGAGGGAGGGGGGGGGGGAAUGCCAGCUAGUUUAUAUGACUAGCUAUUUUCCUUCUAUAUCACUUUGCCAUUAUACUUCAAAAAUGCUGCCUUGAGGAAAAUCUGUAGCAGUUAACUGUGGAGCUUUGAAAUGAUGGCUGAGCUGUACUGGAGACCACUGUUUUUUCCUUGAAGGUUAGUACAUAAUCUUCUUAAAGACCAAGGAGCCUGGCAGAGGAUGAAGCCUAUAUUACAUACAGAUAUAUGUAUAUAUUUACUUAUGGCUGGGCAGGGCAUAUGCUAAAGUGAUUUUUAUUUUUGAAUGUUAAAGAGUGUGCCAAAUCUGAAGGACCACUGAGAAAACUUGCAAUUCAAAGCAAGACUGGCAAAUAAACACACUAUUCCCACUGUGC